AUGAAUUAGUUGAGAAUAUUGUAUAGUAUUUACCCCCAAAAACAUUGGCAUAGAGUUCACCCAUAUCUUGUGCACCGGUAUUACAGAACUAUUUGUCAGUUAGACUGCAUUUCUUACAAUUGGCUGCACUUUCAUCAGUCUUUACACUAAAUCAUUGAUUUUUUUCUUUUUUUAUUUUUAAUGUCAUUCCUAAUCCCUGAGUAGGUCUCCCCUCACGCGACUGUCUAUACAUACCAUAUAAACCUACUGUACAUUUGCCUCACUUAUUCAUUAAUAAACUUAACCCAACUUUUCUUAAAUUCAAAGCCUUAUCUAUUGUUAGCAACUGUUGGCAACUGUUGUGUGCACUCAUAAUACCACUUCUCGUGAAUCGCACCUGUCUUUCGACGUCACCUAAACUUAUUGUACCAACCAUUUCACUCUUGUAACCAAACGGUCGYCAAAAAUGAAACAACUGUUCAAUGAUAAUGAUUUGACAGGACUUUUGCAAACCAUUAAAGAACUCUCGGCUGAUAAUAAUAAGACUAUUCUUAUACUGUUUACGGGCUCUAAGGACCCGUCGGGUAUAAGUUGGUGUCCAGAUUGUACACAUUCCGAACCUAUUAUCCAUCAGGUCAUCAAUGAUGACAACUAUGCCGGCGAUGACUAUAUAUUGAUAACCACUUAUGUUGGCGAUAGAAAUACUUGGAAAGAUUCACAGAACUGGUUCCGCACUCAUAAAGACCUCAAAAUCAAUUGUGUGCCAACUCUUGUCAAUUGGAAAAGUAAAAACCGAUUGACUGAAACACAAUUAAUGGAUAGAGAGCUAAUUAAUAURUUAAUUGAAGAUUAAAAUUGCAAUUUAUUUUAUUACUUUAAUAAC